GAGGCUUCUUCAUCUAUAAUGUGGCGAAGCAUCUUAAAAACUAGAGAUGUUCUGCAAUUGGGAACACGGUGGAGAGUGGGAUUUGGAUUUAACAUAUAGCUUCGAAAUGACAUCUAGGCUGCACAGAAAGGGUGAAGCUCUUCGUUUGGCUGCUCUGGAGAGGAAAAGUUCUCACAAACUCAGUUCGCUUUUGAGCGUCGCAUGGCUCUUACGCCGGGAAUGCUAUUAUACCAAGGCGGAGGACCAAUUCUCCGAACUUAUGGCCAUCCGUCUUUCUCGCAACCAUCUAGCACUUGUGGAAGAGCAGGAACAGAUUGGCAAAGCAGCGGCUGGAGGACUCAUUCAUGAUCACAACGGGCGUUGGGUUCAUGGCUUUGUUGUAAACGUUGGUCUCACAACAAGUUUCUUGGUUGAGUUGUGGGGUUGCAGAAAAGGCCUCAAGCUUGCUAACUCUUUGCGAAUACAGCAGUUGGUCUUAGAAAUGGACUCUUUACAAGCAAUACGACUCAUUCAAAAUCGGCAAGUAUCAGCCGGACCAGACUGGGUACUUCUUACGGACAUCUUCAUUUUGAUAGAUUCUUUUAGCAACUGCCUGGUACAACACACUCUCAGGGAGGGGAAUUCGGCUGCUAAUUUUAUGGCAUCCAUGGGUCACGACUUAGCUUUGGGCACUACACCUUUUCUCACACCUCCGGUGGAUAUUCACAUGAUCUUACAAAAUUCUAAAUCUGUUAUUUUUGGGGCAAAGAUAUGGAUGACCCUGGAGCUCUUCGCUUGGCUAAUUCAAUGAAUUUUUUGCUCUUUGUUGUUUGCUCCUAUUAUGUAAAUGGAGAUGAGUUUAUGUGUUCGAAUUGCAAUUCAGAACAAACAGUUCUAGGCAGGGCAAUUAAUGACAUUUGGAACAGCCUAAAUGAGGCUUAUUCUUUUAUUUGUGGUUUUUCCUUCUUUAUUCUUUCUGUCUCAUUGAUAAAAAUGCAUAUCGCCAAACUGCUAGUCAAAGGCUUUUCGCUGACCAAAAACCCAAUUUAUCUUUUAUUCUUAUACUUAACAUGUAGAAGAGUUUUGCAAUGCUUAACAGAACCUUAAUUUUUUUGGGAUGAAAUUGGAGAAAAGUCUUGAAUGUAAUUUUGUGCUUUCCUCAUUUUGCAUCAUUUUUUCUGCAUUUUCAUAGCUUUUUUCUUUCUUUCUUUUCUGGUUAUAAUUUACAGAUUCGCAGUUUUUGGAAUUUUUCAUCGAUCUUUCAUAUAUUUCAUUUUGUAUCAUUCUCAUCCCUCUUUUUCAAUGUAGUUUUGAUUUUAGGCAUUUGGUGGCAUUCUGCCUGUGCUAAUAUAGGUCCUGAAUCACAAUGUUUAUCUUCAACAGGAUCUGAUUUAGUAUUAAACUGAAAUUCAUUGUCCCAUUGUUAUCAUUCAUAUCUUUUAAAUGAUUUUGAGUUUUGCGUUACUUAACAAAAUUAGCUUGAAAUGGUUGAUUGAAACUUGUUUGUUACCGGUAGAUUUUAGUUUAAAUGAGUUCAUUAGUUUAAAUGAGUUCAUUUGUUUCGGAUUUUGCGUUUUAAAUGGCUAUUUUGGGCAGGUCAAAAGGAAUUGUAUUUCAAUUGAGAAUUUGACUGUAUUUCAGUUAUCUAUUUGUGAGUUAUAGUAUUAGUCUGAGUUUUUAUGGCCUAAGUUCACUAGUUAUAAGGAAUUAUGGAUUGAUUUUAACUUAAAUUCUAGGUCUUAGUUUACUUAAUGG